AUGCAGGCUCUCCUGAAGGACGUGGACAUGGCUUUCGCAAACCACAACCCGGCGCUGCAGCCCAAACACCGGGAGUUGACAGCAGAGCCUGUCGCAGAGGCGGAGGAGGCAUUGGAGGAGGUCUACGAGUCCUUUGAGUCACCAGAAGACACUCUUGACCGAAAGUCCCCUGCCGCAUUAUUUGGAAGCCAGAAGAUUGGUCAAGUGGUCGUCCCGCAACAGUUGCAAGACGCCAUAGUUGCCCUUAUAGACGAGUCGGACAAGGGCCUUCUGCACAGUGACGCCAAGCGGUUAUUCGGUGGACUGCACAACCCAGGCGUGGAUUCCGGCUGGCUGGUCCAGCUGGACACGAAGUACCGUUCAAGGAAGCAAGGAGAGAGGCACGCUGACCGCGACGCAAUUGCCUUUGCAGCAGUAGUCCUGCCUGCACACUACGCUGCUGUCGCUGCCGUGCUGGAGCACGUCAAGCAUCGACUAGGCUCGAGCUGGGAAGUGGAGAGGGUUAUUGACUGGGGAGCAGGCGCUGGCACUGGUUUAUGGGCGUCGCUAUUCUCCUUCCAAUCGGCAGGUGCCAGUCACGAACCCGAAGGCGUUGACGCUUCCCAAUCUACGUUGCGAUCCUAUUUGGGAAUCGACAAGCGACAAGCCAUGGUAGCUCUCGCCGAGCGGAUACAGAACAACAUUACUCCUCCCGAGGGCUUCUCUCUUCAAUUCAAGAAAACAUUCUCCGAAGAAGACAAUGUGCCUCGGGAAGAAGGCACCAAAACUGUCGCUCUCUCCGCCUUCACGCUCUCUUCUCUCCCAACUCCGCUCGCUCGCAAGGCACUGGUGAAGGAAAUGUGGGAGAGCGGUGCACACACGUUGGUUCUGAUGGACCAUAACACGAAGGAGGGAUUCGAGUCGAUUGCUCAAGCACGGGAAUAUCUCCUUCGCCAAGGUCGAAAAGAGGUCGAAAAGUCCGAGGCUGAAUCACCUUCGUCUUUGGAAGGAGCCUAUGUCGUUGCUCCUUGCCCUCAUGACAGUGCAUGUCCCCUCCUCAAUUCUGGAUCCAAUAGACUAGUUUGCGGAUUCAACCAGCGCCUACAACGCCCCAGCUUUGUUCGUUUGACCAAGCAUUCCGGAAUCGGGCAUGAAGACAUCGGAUACACUUACGUUGUCAUCCAACGAGGGUCGCGCCCCGGCAAAGUCGAAAGCCAACUUGGCCGUGUCGGUUUGGUGGGCCGAUGGGAACAAGAAGCCAAGCUCACGAAGGUUGUGAAGGAACUCCAGCUAUUUGACCAAGCUUCACCAGAGGUACCAGGGUUGGCGUCCAAGUCGGCAGUGCCGGCGGAGGAACCUUCAGAAGCUGAGGUUCACGAGACGCUGCGACAAGAAGCUUAUCAUUGGCCAAGGCUUGUGUUCCCUCCGAUGAAGAAGAGUGGCCAUGUCAUUCUCGACAGCUGUACUUCCGAAGGGAAAAUCGUGCGGAUGACCAUCCCUAAGUCGCAAGGAAAGCAGCCCUACUACGACGCACGAAAAUCUGCAUGGGGUGAUUUAUUCCCUCACCCACCCAAAAACCCACCUCAGGAACGAGUCGUCAUACGUGAUGUCGAAGGAAAGGCCUUGUCGGUGGAGAGGGAUCAUAUUGGCAAAAAUAGCAGCACUAGACCGGCAAAGAAGGCUGACAAGAAAUACUCUGAGCACCUGGCAUCCACGAUUCGGGAGGCGAAGAAGGCGAAACGGAGAUGGGAACGGAACGUCAAGUCCAGCGUUAUCUGGGACAAAGACGAUUAA